AGGAUUUGACAACUGUACCCACUACGGACAAGACAACAGUCACAACCACACCAUCAGAGGAUUUGACAACUGUACCCACUACGGACAAGACAACAGUUACAACCACACCAUCAGAGGAUUUGACAACUGUACCCACUACGGACAAGACAACAGUCACAACCACGCCAUCAGAGGAUUUGACAACUGUUCCCACUACGGACAAAACAACAGUCACAACCACACCAUCAGAGGAUUUGACAACUGUACCCACUACGGACAAGACAACAGUCACAACCACACCAUCAGAGGAUUUGACAAAUGUUCCCACUACAGACAAGACAACAGUCACAACCACACCAUCAGAGGAUUUGACAACUGUACCCACUACGGACAAGACGACAGUCACAACCACACCAUCAGAGGAUUUGACAACUGUACCCACUACGGACAAGACAACAGUCACAACCACACCAUCAGAGGAUUUGACAACUGUAUACACUACGGAAAAGACAACAGUCACAACCACACCAUCAGAGGAUUUGACAACUGUUCCCACUACGGACAAGACAACAGUCACAACCACACCAUCAGAGGAUUUGACAACUGUUCCCACUACGGACAAGACAACAGUCACAACCACAAAAUCAGAGGAUUUGACAACUGUUCCCACUACGGAAAAGACAACAGUCACAACCACACCAUCAGAGGAUUUGACAACUGUACCUACUACAGACAAGACAACAGUCACAACCACACCAUCAGAGGAUUUGACAACUGUACCUACUACGGACAAGACAACAGUCACAACCACACUAUCAG